AUGUCUCUGAUAAACAGAGCAUACGCGUAUUCAAAGAUGGAUAACGAAGAUGCGGAAGAAGUGAAGCACAGGCGCGCGCAGUUCUUGAUCUACAAGUCUCUGCAGAAGGCCGACGGUCGGAGGCGGCCGUCGUGGUUGCGAGUGAAGAUGUUCAAGUUGAGGAUCAAAAUUGGCAAGAGGUUCAGAAAGGGCUUCUCCUCAACACUCUUCUUUUCCGCUAAGGCUGAUUUCUACAGACAGAUUGCUUUUCUGAUCAAAUCUUGCAAGCAUUUGUUACAUGCCAAACAUGAGCCGGUCACCGGGAAUCUUCAUCCAAUAUUCUGA